UUAAUGGCCAAAUCUUUGUACUCGGCAAAAUGAGAUAUAAAACUGAAUCUUGUUUCUUUUUGUUCAGCACCAUGAAGAACUAAAACUUUCGCCACAGGUCAUGCCCCUGGCCCAAUAAAUCCCAACACUGACUAGACUGGAGUCUGUGUGGAUGUUUGCCCAAUUUAGAUCCGAUUAUUGACUACAUAAAGUUCAAGAUCAUCAACAGUGGUGGAUGUUGUUGCACCCCCUACCCCUCCCACCCGGCCCUACCACAGGAGUGGCUAACUGGCUGGACACCAUUGAACACUUGGUGGCGGUGUUUAGAGUUCAGUUUACGUCAACACGGAAGUAAAAGCGAGUGAAGCUGUGUCGUCUGUACCCGUCUGACACGUCCAGACGUCUGACCUCGAGUUCUCCGUAUUGAGCCACACAACGGUUGACUUGCCAUCAUGAUCUUGAAAGGCUGAGAGAAAUAUUGUCAUUAGCAUUUCCAACAGAUGUCACAAUGCCCAAACACGCCAAAAAGAAGAUAGUGAAGAUCUCAUUGGUUGGGGAUAGUACUGUUGGCAAGACCUGCCUGUGCAUCUCCUAUUCCCAUGGUUACUUCCCCAAGGAUUACAUCCCCAACGUUUUUGACCUCUACUUUUGUGAUGUGGUAGUUGGAGGGAAGCCUUUUGCCCACAGUCUCAUCGACUUGUCUCACCAGGGUGAAGACUAUGAUCGUCUGAGGCCUCUGAGCUAUCCAGGAACGGACAUCUUUAUGAUGCUUUUCUCUGUGGAGAACCGGUCUUCACUUGAAAGCAUAGAAGGAAGAUGGCUACCAGAGAUUCGCCAUCACAUGCCCGACACUCCAAUUCUUCUUGUUGCAACAAAGAUAGACCUUCGUGGGAGUUCCCAACAUGAUUAUAUCACAUUUGAAGAAGGCUUCAACUUAGCUCAGAAACAUAAUUUGGCAUAUACAGAGACCAGUGCAGUACUCAACACAAAUGGAAAAGACCAUGCGGAGCAACCUAUUGGUUGCUGCAGUGAACCACUUACUCCUAACCAUGAGGAGGUCGACGUCUUUCAUCUGUAUUUCUCUGUUCGGAGCAAGUCUUCCUUGGCGAAUGUUGAAUCUCGAUGGAUUCCAGAGAUCCGCCAUGCCAUGCCUGACAUUCCAAUCCUUCUAGUUGCAACCAAGAUAGAUGAUCCUUGGAGUGCCCAUCGGAGACGCAUUGUCUCAUAUGAUGAAGGCUUGAAGGUGGCCAAGAAACACAACGUGGGAUACACUGAGAUGACGGGGUUGCUGAACAUGAACCUAAAAGAUUGCUUUGAGAAGGCAGUUUACAUCGCUGAUGAGGCAAGCAAGCCACUGAAGAAGAGAGGUUUUGGAUUUUUUGGUUUUGGGAAGAGGAAGCAGAAAGCCCGCCCACCUGAGAAACCCCCACUAGAUGAAGCCCCGCGGAUUGAAAUCCAGACAUCAACAAUUGCAGAGGACUUAGGCAAGGCGUUGGAGCAGCCAUCUUACUCUGACGUCACCUUCCUCGUUGAAGGGAAAAGCAUCUUGGCUCACAAAGUGGUGCUGUGUAGUGCCUCUAACUUCUUCUGCUGUGUCUUUGGCCUGAGACCGCCAGACCAGGAUACAGGAAGCAGCUCCAAAGUGUGGAACUUUACCUGGGAGGACAUUAACGAGGGCAAGAUUGCAGGUCUAGCUGGUAUCCUUGAUGUAGUGACCCCAGACAGUAGCUCAUGUGAUAAACCAACGACCCAGGUUACAAUCAGUGAAGACAUCUCUUACAAGACCUUCCACCAUGUCUUGGAAUUUCUCUACACAGGUCUACCUAACAUCCCAGAGGGAGCAAGUGCAGAGGACAUAGUGGCUUUACAGAUGGCAUCCAGCACAUUCUGUUUGCCUAUGCUUGAUAGCAUCAUCAAGAACUUACAGAACGUAGCGGAGUUUCUGAAUCCCAGCAUCAGGACUUUCCUGAACGAUCAGACAGGACAGAGAGCCAAGCAGUUGUUCCUCAACAGUCAGGAAUUGUCCGAUAUCAGAUUCAGAGUUGAAGACCAGACAUUCUUUGCGCACAAGAUAUUGCUAACAUCCCGCUGCGAAAUAAUGGCCCGAAUGUUUAGUGGCGUCUUCACAGAAAGCAACAAAGAAGAGAUUAGAAUAGAAGACGUGAGUCCGGAGUGUUUCCUAGCCCUCUUGGAGUACCUGUAUACUGACCACGCCCCUAUAGAGGAGGGAGAUGCCGUGGGCAUCAUGGUAGCUGCCGAUCGGUACGGCCAAGAACGACUGAAGAAUCUCUGUGAGUUGUACAUCACCAAGGGUGUGGAUGUAGCUGUGGCAGACUGCAUAGAGGAGGCACACGUUGAUGUCAUUGGACUGCUGCACACAGCUCAGAUGCACAAUGCAACCCAGCUGGCCGCAUGGUGUCUUCAUUUCAUCUCAAGUAACUUCAUGGCCUUCAAGCAGCGGGCAGAGUUUAAGACGUUGGAGGGGGAGAACCUGAAGUACAUCAGCGAGAACCGCUGGCCUCCCGUCAGCUACCUAGAAGAACUGGAGAAAUACAACGCCAAAUACGGGCAGAAGGAAGAGAACAGUUAAACAAUUCAGGAGCAAAAAGAUCUAUGCAAAACCCUUUUUUGGUGCUUGUGGUAGGUCUGGCGAUACUGAUUUUUUUGUAGCCGAUUCUCCCCCCCCCCCCCCGUAAAAUCGGCGAUAUGGGGUCAAAUUGUCAACAAAUUAAAAAAUUAACAUUUAAAUAGCGAUCUUCACAAUACUCCAAAUGUAUACGCACAGAUGGAAAGGUAAGAAGUUUGGCCAACCAGGAACUUGCUGAAACAGAUCAUUUUUUUUCCCCCCACGUAUAGUCAAAUUAUUCUGAUUACGUUUUCAAUUUCCCUGGAAGUCAUCCGCAUCGUAAGUCACCGCGAACCUGACAUGUGCAAAAUGUCCGUCAUUCAGCGCCUGCAUGGCCAGCUCCCAAAGUCCGUACAUGUGCGCGGACUUUUUGGGGGGUCCUGAAUUUGGGAAGAUAUUGCAUGAAAAAAAUAAUCAAUUGUAACUGGGGAGAGUGAUAUGAAUUAAUGUAAAGGGCUCACUCUCCUCACAACCGAGUGGUUCCACUAAAUAAUAUGGGUGGAGCGAAGUUUUCUGGUUGUCUCAGUUUAUCAAAAUAUUUUAUUUACAACACAGUUGAACUGAUUUCACAUGUAUGAGACAAUGUAUUUACAAAUUUAUAACUGGUGUUACCAAAAGAAUUAGUGUGUAUAGAACUUUGGUAUAAAAAGAACGACAGUCAAAAGGGAAUGGAAGCUGUAUAGAUCUAUCCAAUGAUCUGAAAUUACAAACAAUAUUAAUGACUAAUGAAUUAUGGGGAAACUUUCAGAUCAAAGUACAUUAUUAACGACAUUAAAUUCAAAGUAAUUUGGGGAAACACUGUUUUCCUUAUUUUUAAAUCAAAGAAUACUUUUUAUAAAUACAUCAGUACUUUUUAUAAAUACAUCAGUAAGUGAAAACUUUUACCACGUUGCCCAAAGAGAAAAAUUAUUUAAAAUGGCAACUAUGCAAGAAUAAGAAUAUUGUAUAUAUAUUAGUGCAAUUUUUUUAAUUCCGAAAAUAGAAAUGUAUUAUUUACCAAAUAAUGUUAUAAAAUAAUGAAGUAAGAAUA